GUUUGUAUUCAUCUUCCUACUCCUUCCAGUGGUUCUAGUCUGGAGAGUUCAGCUUUGUCCAGUUUUCAUAAUGCAUUUUAUGCUAUUAAUCAUGUAGGUAGUGUUGUUAUUAAAGUCAUUGUAUCUUUUGCUGAUGUAUUUGUUGAUUGUACUUUGGUGAGCGAGUUUGUUGAUGUGCUUAAGGGCUGUGUGGAGUUUAGUGACUUUGGUAGAAAAG